AUAUUCAACAUUCAAACCCAACACCCCAACGAUCACAUCUCAUUCCCUCACUCUUUCUUUAUUCCAAUUCCCAACUUUGAUUGAUCCUCCAAAUCCCCUCUUCUUCUUCUUCAAUCUUCAGCCAUGUCGUGCUCCGUUGCCGUUUCUAAUUCUCCGGUCUUUUCUCCGUCGUCUUCCCUCUUUUGCAAUAAACCCUCAGUAAUCUCUUCCUCACCGGAAUCCCUUUCUCUCUCUCUGUCUCACCUCAAGCCUUCCACUUCUGUUUCAUCUUCUUCUUCUUCGCCUUCUUCCCCUUCCUCGCCUUUCCGCCUCCGCCUCCUCAAGCCUCCUCCUCCCACCGCCCUUUCCAAUUCCGCCUCUGUCUCCGCUCCUUCGUCCUCCACCUCGCCUACCGGUACCGUUUUGAAGAGGAAGAGGCCCGCCAGGCUUGAUAUUCCCGUCUCGUCCCUUACUUUUGGGGUUCCGGCGACGCCUUCUUCUUCGGUGGCUCGAGAUGUUCUAGAGGCUGAAGGGCAUGGGUUUUCUGUGUAUUGUAAGAGAGGCAGGCGAGAGUACAUGGAAGAUCGUUAUUCUGCUGCCGUCAAUCUUCAAGGACAACCCAAACAGGCUUUCUUUGGCAUAUUUGAUGGGCAUGGAGGUUCAAAAGCUGCUGAAUUUGCUGCACAAAACUUAGAAAAGAACGUCAUGGAUGAAGUGACAAGAAGAGAUGAAGAUGACAUGGAGGAGGCAGUGAAACAUGGUUACCUGAACACUGAUUCUGAUUUCUUGAAAGGGGAUCUCCGUGGUGGCUCCUGCUGUGCAACAGCACUGAUUAGAAAUGGGAACCUUGUUGUUUCCAACGCCGGUGAUUGCCGUGCUGUUAUUAGCCGUGGUGGCGUUGCAGAAGCCCUCACAUCUGAUCACAGACCUUCAAGGGAAGAUGAAAAGGACAGAAUUGAGACCACAGGUGGCUAUGUUGAUUUCUGCCGUGGGGUUUGGAGGAUCCAGGGAUCCCUGGCCGUUUCUAGAGGAAUUGGAGAUCGGUAUUUGAAGCAGUGGGUGAUAGCUGAACCUGAGACAAAAGUUCUCAGGAUUGAACCUGAACAUGACUUGUUGAUAUUAGCUUCAGAUGGAUUAUGGGAUAAGGUUACUAAUCAAGAAGCUGUGGAUAUUGCUCGUCCUCUUUGCAACGGGGCUAGUAAUAUGGCACAACCAUUGAUGGCCUGUAAAAGGCUCGUAGAUUUGUCUGUUUCACGAGGCUCAAGUGAUGACAUAAGUGUUAUGCUUGUAAAACUGGGACAAUUUAUUUAAAAGUUCCAUUCUUUUAGUUGAAGAGGAGAAGAAUUCAUCUGAGCUACGUUGUACUGAGGAUUUUAUCUAUUCCCUGACCGGAAGCUUUGAAUAAGAAAGGUUGGAUUGUUCUGUAGAAGGGUUUGGUGACAAAGAUGAUGAAGGCGGCCAUGAUAUUUAAGGGAAAGAAGGUGGUGAUAUGAUGUUAGUUAUUAUUAAAUUAUCAUUAUUAUUAGAUUAGCUAAAUUCUUUUUUGUAUAUACUUGACCUUUUUUUCUUGGCAAUUUUUUUACCCCUUGGAGGGAAGAGAUUUAGUUUAACAAUAUAACUAGGAUUAAAUCUUUAUAUUGUAGAACGAUAAUCAGCACCUAAUGUGAUUCAUUUUAUUCUUUAACU